AUGGGGAUGAAGAGAUGCAGUACUCCUAGCAUCCUGCUGAUGCUUUCACUGGCGGCAGCCCUCCUCAUCGCCGGCCACCCCUCCGUCGCCGACGACGUGGGCACCAUUCUCCUGCCAAGCCAGGACAAAGACCAGGAGGUGGUCAUGGCGGCACCCAGGCCGUGGAAGUGCUGCGACGUGACCGUCUGCACCAGGUCCAUCCCGCCGACGUGCAGCUGCCAGGACGUGGUGGACAACUGCGCUCCAACCUGCGAGGACUGCAAUGGUUAUGUGCACCCACCCCGCCGUGUUUGCCUCGACCGCUACACCGGCGACCCCGGGCCCAAGUGCACGGGCGCCGGCGCCGGCGGUAACUGA